CUUCCAUUUCGUGGUUCGUGCCUUCUAUGCCAUACAAGACCAAAAAUUGACGAACAUCUUCUAAUCGCGCACCCACACCUACCCUCUCUAUCCCCACCAAGUCAAGAGCCAAAAGUUCAAAAUGGUACUCAAGUCGCGCUGGUCCUUUGAGACCCCUCGAGUCUCUCUCCCCUCAUUUAUAUUCGAAUCGCCAACUGCUGAAUUGCCUACAACACCAGCAUUCAUCUCCGUCCGCGAACCCGAGAAAUUCAAUCUCUCCCUCGCUGACUACCGACUAUGGGCACAACGUCUCGCCUCAGGGCUUCUCCGCUCUGGCCUCCAGCCCGGGGAUCGUGUCCUGUUGUACUCGGGUAACACGCUGUUCUUCCCCAGUGUAGUCUUGGGUGUGGUAAUGGCUGGCGGAAUCUUCACUGGUGCAAAUCCAACAUACGUAGCUCGGGAACUGGCAUAUCAGUUGCGAGACAGCGGGGCACGGUAUCUAAUUUGCGCGGAGGGGAGUUUGGAAACAGGACUCGCGGCCGCAGAAGAGGUGGGUAUGGGAACAGACGGGAUAUUUGUCUUUGACGACGGAACUGCAACUUUUGAAGGACGAACGGUGGAGAAAGAAACACCAAUGGGGAAAAUUCGACCCUGGACUUGGCUACUUGAUUCCAUUGAAAAAGGCCAAGCAUUUCACUGGGAGGAUUUAAGGACGGACGAAGAACUCGAUCGCGUGGUUGCGCUUAAUUACUCGUCAGGGACAACGGGCGUUGCGAAAGGCGUUAUGAUUACCCACAAGAAUUACGUCGCAAAUUGCAGCCAGCAAAUCUACAUCAGCGAUCAACAUCCGGAUCAUCUGGCACAGAAAUUGCGCAUGCGCCAAUUAUGCUUCUUGCCAAUGUACCAUGCGAUGGCCCAAGCGAUAUUCUGCGUAAAUGCGAUGAAGCAACGGGUUCCAGUGUAUAUGAUGCCCAAGUUUGAUUUCCUCGAGAUGCUGCAGUGUAUCCAGCGGUUCCGGAUAACGGAUCUGAUUCUCGUUCCACCGGUUGUGGUAGCCAUGGCUAAGCACCCAGCAACGCGUAAGUUCGAUCUCUCGUCCGUCGAGCGGGUCGGCUCUGGUGCCGCACCUCUAGGGCGAGAAGUCUGCGCUGAGCUGGAGAAACUUUGGCCAGACGGAAGAGUAAACGUGAAGCAAGGAUGGGGUAUGACGGAAGCGACGUGUGCGGUUACUACGUUCCAUCCCGCGGCAUUAUCUCUGAGCUUCUCUGUCGGGGAGCUGGCGCCUAAUUGCGAAGCUAAGAUUGUGCUGGACGAUGAGGGUAAGAUGGAAGCAUCGCAGGGCGAGAGAGGUGAGAUAUGGGUCAAUGGACCGAAUGUGAUGAAGGGGUAUUGGAACAAGCCUGACGCGACAAAAGAAACGAUUACGGAGGAUGGGUGGUUAAAGACGGGGGAUAUUGCGUAUGUAGAUAAAGAGAACAACUUCUUUAUCGUCGAUCGGAAGAAGGAAUUAAUUAAGGUCAAGGGACUACAGGUCGCUCCUGCAGAGUUAGAGGCGCUGCUACUAGAUCAUCCGGAUGUGCAGGAUGCUGCUGUCAUCGGAAUCACACUCGAUGGCGAAGAGCUACCACGAGCCUACAUUGUACCCCUAUCACCAGAUAAGGCCACUCCAGCAGUCGCGGAGAAUAUCAAACAGUGGCUUGCAGAGAGAGUGUCGAAAGCGAAGCGACUUGAGGGAGGUGUUCGGUUCAUCGAUGCUAUUCCUAAGAAUCCAUCUGGUAAGAUCAUGCGAAGACAGAUCAGGGAACAGGCUGCGCUUGAAAACACGAAAGCUAGAUUAUAGAUCAUCGCUGGUUAUUACUGGUUUCCUGAAGGCCUUUCCGCAACUGGAGCGAGAUACGUCGGGCUCAUUAGUGGCACGCAUGCAUAAAUACCUAAGGCGAGUUAAC